CCCUCCUCCCCUCUCCCCCGCCUCCACCCUCCCGCCGCUACCCAUCGGCUUCCCGCACCACACCUGCUCUGGACCUCCUCCUCUCGAUUUCGGCGCUCCACAUCGUCUCCUUCCACCUCCCUCUACAUCGCGUCCCAUCUCAACGUCGGUGACUGCAGGUGACAUCGACCUCGACCUCGACUACUUCAUCUACGGUGUAGCUUGUACCUCUCAGAGGCGUGUCGAAGAGCUAUACCCUCCGCCUAAAGUGAAGGCAAACCCCCCGAAGAAAACCGUUGCACGUAAAUCAAAGGGCAAAGCCAGGAGGGAGCCCUCUCCCUUGCCGCCGCCACUCGAUCCACUGUAUGAUCCUGAGGAUGACAGGGAGGAGGAGAUUCAGGAGGAGGUGAGGGAGAUGGAGAUGGAGAUGGAGGCGGGGGACUUUGGUGAGCACGAGUUGCAGGAUCACUCUGUUGGUACCUCCGCGGGAGCCUCAGCGGGGGCUGCCUCCAGCUCUGGUACAGACAAAGUGUACCAGCGUGGUCCUACUCGUCUCCCCACCAAGCAGCCCUCUUGUGAAGCUGAGAAGCCGGUCAUUCGUCCAACAGCCAAGAUGGGAUGGGUGGUUGUUGCACCCGGGUGUUUUACGAUGCAACCCAAGCCUGUGCUUGGGGUCCUCCUCAAGGAGCACUUCCCUGGCAUGGUUCUUCUUGAAGGAAAGGAGGAGCCAGAGGUAGCCCGGACAUGGGCAAACCACGUGGCCCAACCGGACUUUCAAGAUAGAGAGAAUCUGGUGUAUGCGAACAAAGCCGAGCGGGUGAAGGGUGAAUUUUGGCGGUUCUUCAAGCUGGCGGAAGGCAUUUAUGAUGCAACAAUUGCACGGCACUUCAAGGCAAGUGUGAAGAAGGCAUUGUCCGAGAUGUUCUAUCACACACGUGCCUACUCCGUGAGGAAGUACUAUGCCGAAGUGAAGAAACAGAAAUUGGACAAGGCACAAUGUAUCGUGACGCAUCUUAAGCACGAACAGUACAUGCAGGUUCCUCCGCACUGGUGCGUCUCGCACUUAAAUGCCUGAAAGGCGCUGGUGGACUCUUGGUGCAGCCCGGAGUACGUGGAGACUUACGGGCUCCUUAGGGAGAGGAGGUUGGCGAACCCAAGCGGAAUGCACCAUCAAGCGAGCGUGAACCUGCACGGCUACAUCAACA